AUGUUAGAUCUAGUACACAGCGAUGAUAUUAAACAGGAAAUUGUGGAACAGUAUGCUCUACCAUCUAUUAUUCAGUAUACCAAAAAAGCAACGAACGAUCCUGCACCGUUGGAAGUUGCCUAUGCGCUCUCAUUCAAUGCAGAUGCAAAGAAAGUAUUCAGUGAAGAUCGAGACUUUGUCGAUCAUGUAGAAAAACUGCGACAAUCCGACAACAAGGAAGUGGCUAAUGCAGCUUAUGGAGUCAUCUGGAAAUUGGAAGAUGAAGAAAAGUUUAUGAAAGAAGUCGAAGAAAAGAAAUCGAAGGAACAAUCAACAGAAAAGCCUGAAGAAGCGGCAGGUGAUAAACAGAAACCUGAAAAAGCAUUAGGUGAUGAAAAGAAGCCUAAAGAAGCAGCAGAUGACGGCAAGAAAACAAAAGAAGCGACAGAUGAUGAAAAGAAAUCUAAAGAAAAGGCAAUUGCUGAAGAGAAACAUAAAGAAGAGGCAGGUGAGGAAGAGAAACCUCAACAGUACGACAUGAUGAUUUCUUAUUGUUGGGCACAAAAAGAGUUGUGCCACCAAAUAAACGAUCGUUUAGAAAAGGAUGGCUAUAGCGUUUGGUUAGAUAGAGAUGAAAUGCGUGGUUCGAUCGUCGAAAGCAUGGCGGAAGCUGUCGAAAAUUCUCGAAUCAUAUUAAUAUGCAUGUCGAGCAAUUACAAAAUGAGUACCAACUGUCAAGCAGAAGCUGAGUACGCAUUCAAUCGAAAGAGUAAAAUCAUCCCGCUAAAAGUUGAAAAAGAUUAUACUCCUGAUGGGUGGUUAGGUUUUAUGGCAGGUUCUAAAAUAUAUAUCGAUUUUGCAGAUAAGGAAGAUGAAGAAUUCGAGAAAGCCUAUGAACUCUUGAUGGCUGAAAUCAAACGCCAAGAUCUGGACGAAGCUGCCACGGAUGAACCGGAAAAAUCAGCUGGUACAUCAUCGACUGAGCCCAAACCUGAACCAGUUCCCGAAGAGAUUGAACCGCAACCCAUACAAACACGAGAAUAUUUGACCAUGAGUUCAGCGAUGAUAUGGACCAAAGAAAAUGUCAAUGAGUUUCUCAUUGACAACGAACUUCAACCACUAGUACCGCUCUGUAAAUCAAUGGAUGGAGCAACACUAAUUGAAUUCCAUCAAAGCUGCCAAACACUACCUACUGAAAUGUAUUCACUGGUGAAUAAAUCAAAAGAAGAACAUCCAGUAACACUUGAUAUUUUCUUCAGAUUUAUUUGCAAGAUGAAACAGUAUUUGCCACCACCAAAACCACCGGCCAAAAUUUUUUUUCGAUACCAUUUUAUCUAUGAAAACCAAAAGUGA